AACACGUGGCAGGGGCCUCCGGGACAACCAGGUCCUCCUGGUCCUCCUGGGCCACAGGGCUUCAUCGGCAUCACAGGACCCCAGCAUCUGAGGCUGCCUCAGGAUGAGGACCCCAGUCGAGGAGAUGGACAGAAGGUGUGUGAGGACUGCUCCAAGGGCUUGCCAGGGGUACCAGGCAUGGCGGGCACCAAGGGAGAGAAAGGAGAUGAGGGAAAGACUGGCAUAGGCCAUGCUUCCGACGGCUGUGAGAGGUGUUUCCUAAACCAAAGGCUGCAGAGGGAGGAGGCUGCACAGGCGCCUACCACCACCAACACUGAUGGAGCUAAUGGAGGCUGCUCCGGACCAGGAACACCAGGUCACCCAGGAACACCAGGAUCACCUGGAAUAAGGGGAGAGACAGGUCCUCAGGGGCAAAGGGGACAGGCUGGAGUACCAGGAAAUAUGGGUCCUCCUGGUUUUCCUGGUCCUCAAGGCUCAUCUGGACUUACUGGUCAGCAGGGUGAGAGAGGAACAGCAGGACCACCAGGUGUGAAGGGUGAAACGGGCCCUCCAGGGACUAAUGGAUACCCAGGUUCUAUGGGACCACCUGGGCUUCCUGGCCUGAAGGGUGAGAGAGGGACACCAGGCGGUGCGGGAACGAUCGGAGAAUCGGGUCCACCAGGCAACCCAGGAUACCAGGGAAAGGCUGGAGUAGUGGGACCCAAAGGAGAGGCUGGACUGGCAGGUUCCGAUGGACCGAAGGGAAAUCAGGGCUCCCAAGGGCAACCAGGAUUCCCAGGUACACCGGGCCCCCCUGGUCCCCCUGGGAAACAAGGAAGAGAAGGACCACCUGGACCCAAGGCUGACAAGGGUAAUGAUGGAGCACAAGGUCCGCAGGGCUCGUCUGGACCUCCAGGUUCUUCUGGGUCUCCUGGCUUGCAGGGACCUCCUGGAUUUGAGGGAUUGGACGGUAAAGAUGGGAAACCAGGAAUGAGGGGUGAGCCAGGGAUUCCAGGGACAGUAGGACCCAGAGGAAUCCCGGGUUUCAAAGGGAAGCAUGGACAUGUUGGCUUCCCUGGACAGAAGGGUGAUGCUGGACCUGUAGGCCCACCGGGGACAGCUGGUAGACCAGGACUUGAAGGUGACGCCGGAGCCCCAGGGCCUCAGGGUCGACCCGGUCCCACAGGACAGCUUGGUUCUGCAGGAGCAGCGGGGCCCCCAGGACCGGCAGGCCCAGCAGGAGUGGGUAUAAAGGGGGAGAAAGGCCAGGCUGCAGACAGAGGGCUACCAGGGAUGGUUGGCCCUGCUGGACCCCCCGGUCAUCCAGGAAUGAUGGGAGAACCAGGCAGUGAUGGAGCUGCGGGUAAAGACGGAUCACCUGGUCUGCCAGGAGACAAUGGACAAUGUGGUCAAAAGGGUGAAGCAGGUACCCCAGGUCAGAGAGGCUCCCCAGGGGAGCGAGGUCGCCCGGGACCCUCUGGCGGAGGUGGGUACUCCUCCAAGGCUGAUGCACCAAUGAUGGGCCAAGUGGGACCCAGAGGAGAGAGGGGCACCGCAGGCUCACCAGGCACUGCAGGGUCCCCCGGACCUCCAGGAAUACCAGGCAACGAUCCUGUGGUCAACUAUGACAACAUCAAGGACUUCAUUCGCCAGCAGGUCAUCAAGAUCUUUGAUGAGAGGAUGGCCUACUUCAUGUCUCGUAUGCCGCAGCCGCAAGAGGUGUCAUCUCCCGGUCGUCCUGGACCCCCAGGGAAGGAUGGUAACCCAGGCAGAGAUGGGAAUCCAGGAGCCCCAGGUCAGCCAGGACAGAUAGGUAGAGAGGGCCGCCAUGGACCCUUGGGACCACAGGGUCCACGAGGUCUAAAGGGAGAGAAAGGUGACAAGGGUGUAGGGGAGAUGGGUGACAGUGGACCCCCAGGAGCACCAGGUGUUCCAGGCCCCCCAGGCUAUGGUAAGAUGGGCCCCAGCGGCCCCGUGGGUCAGCAGGGGGUCCCUGGAGUCUCAGGAACCCCUGGACAGCCGGGUCAGAAGGGCAGGGAGGGCCGGUGUAACCCCUCUGACUGUAUGAGCCAACCAAUAGAGUGGAACCCUAAGGGCCCUUCCAUCAAGGGCCCCUACUAGAGAGAAAGUAUUGAAGAGAAGAGGAGGAGAGAGAUUGAGAGAUAGAAGAAACAAACCCAAAGACCAGAAGGCACUAGAGAAAGGAGAGGAGGGGAGAAGAGAGAACAGAUCAAACAGAAGACCAGAGCUACCGUCCGAUCAACAGAAAUCAUCCCAGGAGAACAAAUGAAUACUGAAGCACCAAUAGUUGGUGUGGAGGACCCAUCCUUAAUUCAUCAAAGGGGUUGCCAGAUAGCUGUCCUCCUCACCGCCUGUGUAGAAAAUAUAUAUGUGUAGGACCUUCCUCUAACUGAAGCCUUAGUACCGGCUGAAGUGGCUUCAAUAAAGGAGAUAUUUGGACGCUGUGCUCUCCUCUCUUUCAUAUAUUUUCCCAACUUUAGCUGCCAGCUCUUUGUAUAUGUUAGACAUGUUUAUUUUGACAACAACAGCAAGAGCAUAUCCAGCCUUUGAAAAACGACCUGCAAAUUCUUCCUCAUCUUCACUAUCAUCCUCAUCUUCAUUCUGAUUAUAAAACGUGCCCAUUGGGAGUAUUAGGCAGCUACCUUGUGAUAUUCUGCUUCGAUCUAGCUUCUGUCUAGCCAUAGAAACAAAAUGAAUAGAACUGACAUGGCACUCCCAUUUCAAAUUCCCAUUCUAAUCGUUCUAUCUCUUUGUAGAUUUUGUUUGAUUUCUAUGCUUGAAUAUACUCCCUCAUCACUUGAAUGAUGGCUGAUGCUUUAACAGAUCUGUACGCUAUAUCCUCAAAUUAUGGCCUUAUGAGAAGUUCUCACCUUCUCUUCCCUGUUUGCGUGAGAAGAACAUAAUGUACACCUCCCAACCUGUUUUGUACAUAUUUCUAUUUAUAUGUAAUAGCUUUUUAUACAUUUUGGAUUUGGCAUCAACAUUGCUAACCAUGUUUUCGCUAUGGUCAACUGUCAGGAAUCCUCUACGAGUAUGGUUUUUAUAAGCUUUCAAAGUGGAGUUAUUUGUUCAUUUAAAAAAAGAAAUGGAGAGAAAUUAGCUUUUUAUGUGAAAGUAAAUUGGAUUUCUAUAUGGUGGUAAAUUAUGCUUUGGAAGAUAUUUUCAUGCUUGCCUUUGUAUAAAGUAGAUGACAUCAUUUUCAAAACUUCCUCAAAACUGGCAAACAAAUUACAUUUCUAGUUAUGUAGCAAUUUAUCAACAAGUCUCUUUCAUCAUCAAGCUCAUUUUUGACAACAGAGCAACUGUAAAGGGAUCAUUUUCUCGUCCAGCACACCACUGGUUACUGUAACUGAAAUAACAGAUCAACUGUAAAGGGAUCAUUUUCUCGUCCAGCCCACACCACUGGUUACUGUAAACUGAAAUAACAGAUCAACUGUAAAGGGGUCAUUUCUCGUCCAGCACAACCACUGGUUACUGUAACUGAAAUAACAGAUCAACUGUAAAGGGAUCAUUUGCUCGUCCAGCACACCACUGGUUACUGUAACUGAAAUAGGGUUGCAAAAUUCAGGUAACUUUCCAAAAGUUCCCAGGGUUUUCAGAAAUCCUUGUUUGGAAGAGGGACAAGCAGAACAUUCGGAAUUCUCCAACCAGGAUUUAUGGAAGACCUGGGGAUUUUGGGCAAGUUACCGUCAUUUUGCCAUACUUAACGGAAAUAGAUGCUUUAUGACCACUAAGAGAAACAGGCAGAAUUUUCAUAGGAGAGGCUGUUUAGCAUCUUCACCCAAACCGUCGCUGGCAUCACUGUGCCAAUCAGCUUCUCCUCGUAUCCAUUACUGAGUACAACUUGUAUGUCUCCUGCCUUGUAUGUUGUGUUGUUUUGAAUGUUUGCAGUUUAACCUGUCAUCUAUACACUACAGGCCAGGGUGUCAGUAACCACUAGCUGUGUAAGGGAUUUGUCACCAUGUUUAGAUUCAUAUGGAUGUUCUGAGUUGUUAUUGGAAGGACCAUGAGGUUUUCCUGAUGUUUUGACCUGUCCAUAGUAGUUCCUGGUCAGGAAAACCUACUGACCCUAAUUAUACUGAACAAAGCACCCCAAAAGUUCUCCUCUCUUCAUUCCUAGCUUUCAUAAACAUCUUGUUGAAACAACACAGCUGUUCCCCUGCUACUCUCAGUAUAUCUGUUGUGUGUUUUAUGUUGGCAUCACUUUUUAUCAAGAGAUGUCUUUUUUAAUGAAAACUUUUCAGAAAAAGAUAAUAAAAUGUUUUAAGCAGA